UCUAAUGUCACUUAGGUUCCUGAAAUCAUUUUUACGGAAUCUUUGAUCAACUUCUGAAACUCGAAUUUUUAUAAAACGCCAUUUAUUAUUUUUAUAACUAUAUACUAACUUGAAAAUUUGUCAGUUUCAACAUUUAUUGUUUAAUUUGUGAGCAUGCCAAAAAAUAAAGGUAAAGGAGGUAAAAAUCGUAGACGUGGUAAAAAUGAAAACGAAACUGAAAAACGAGAAUUAGUUUUUAAAGAAGAUGGACAAGAAUAUGCACAAGUCACAAAGAUGUUGGGUAAUGGUCGUCUUGAAGCAAUGUGUUUUGAUGGAGUGAAACGACUUUGUCAUAUUCGAGGAAAACUUAGGAAAAAGGUUUGGAUCAAUCAAGGUGACAUUGUAUUAAUUGGUCUUCGGGAUUACCAAGAUACAAAAGCUGAUGUUAUUUUAAAGUAUACACCUGAUGAAGCACGUAAUUUGAAAACAUAUGGAGAAUUUCCUGAAACUGUUCGUAUUAACGAUACAGUUACAUUUGUGGAUGAUGGUUUGGAUGAAGAUAUUGAGUUUGGAGAUGAUAUCAGUGAUGAUGAAGAAGGAGAUACUGUUGAUAAUAUUUAAAGUUUCCUGGAAAAAAAGAAAAUUUUGUUGAGCAUAAUUUGUUUAAUUAUCAAAUUAAAGUCAAUCACAAUCUAAGAUAAAAUAUAUGGUUACAUUGCUUGAUAUAAUUGUGUUAAUACGUGUGUUUAUGUAUUUUUAUACUAUAUGUUAAUACUCCAAUUAAUAUUUUACUAUAAUUCUAAAUGUUCUUAUAUUGAAGAAAAAUAAAUCUCACUGUACCUUUUUUACCUUUUAAUUAAUUAAUUAAAUUAAAUAAUCUUAAAAAUAUUUUUGCCUUAAUUUAUAUAAAAUUAAUAAAUACAUUAUUUUAGAUAUUUAAAUGAAUACUACUUUAAGUCAACUACACUGACUAGUAGAUGAAAAUAUAAUUUUAAGUUAAGAUUGAUAACUUGGUGGCUUUUGUUGUAACCCUACCGAAUGUUUAUGACAUGUAAAAAUCAAUGUCCUAAAACUAGGGACAAUAACAGUUUAAUUUUUAGUUAGUAAACUAAACAAUACGAAUGUCACUUAAUUGUUUGUAUUUUUCACAUUUUCUUAGCAAACAGUGCAAUUUGCAUUUAUAAAAAAAAAUACUCAUCUAGUAUUAUUAAUUUCUUUUUCAAUAGACAAAUAAUUUUUAUUCUAUUUAAAAAUAUAUCCAGAAGCGGGUCAAUGGCAUAUUUAUAAAGGAACUAUGGGAUCUGACUCCCAAUUGACAUAAAAUCAUAACAGAUAUAGAAUAUGAGUGGGAGUGAAAUUUCUCUCUUAUUCUACGUUUUGAUAGAUGUACAUAUUUUUCUCAUAACUUAAAUAGUUUAGUUGAUUAGUAACUAAAUAUUACUUUUACUAUUUCUUUCUACAAUAAAUUUUAAACUUAAACUUUUAAA